GAAGAAUGCGAAGGAUUCUCUCGAGGAGGUUGAAACGUAUAAGAAGAACGUUUCGGUCCAAGAGGAAUAGGCUAAGGAGUGGAUGGAAAAAGAGAAAGAUGUUGAGCGUCUUCUUCAAGAAGCUCAGGCGAGAGGAGAUGCUGCUGAAGAAAGCAGCAAAUCAUGGCAGGCCGAAUGCGAAGACUUGAAAGAAAAGGUGGCAGCCGCUUCCAAAAUUGAGGCGAUCUUGAAGGAAACAGAAGCUCAACUACAGCUUCUUCAACAGACGGCAGCUGACGCCGAGAGCAAGAUCACGGCAUUGGAGUCCAAGUUGCGCUCCGCAGAGGAAUCUGCCGCAGGCCACGAAGGUGAUGCUCAAAAGCAUCUGAUGAAGGUGGCGGAACUUAGCGAGAGCCUGACAAGUAUCGAAGCCAUUGCCGCUGCUUCUGAAGAAAAGCUUAAGUCGAGCGAGCUUGUGAUUAGUGGCUUGCGGAGUGAUUUGGAAGAGGCAAAGUCAACAGCAGAGAAACACGUGGCGACUGCAGCUGGCAUUCAGGCAAAGCACGACGAUCUUCAAAAGGAACUCCAUGAGAAGCUGAGCCUGGCCGACGAGAAAUACCAAAACUACGAGCGAAGCUUGGAAGAGUCCUCGGCAACGACCUCGCAGUUAAAAGAGUCUCUCCUGGCUCUUCAAAGUCAAGCUAACGAAGCCGCAGAAUUGACUACAAAACUGCAAGCGGAGCUUCAAGAUUCCAAGGACAGGGAAGCGAAGCUCGCUGAGCAGCUCGAAGCGUCCAGAGCAGCGGGUGAAAAGCAAGAGGCAGAUUAUAAAGCGGCAUUGAAUGAGCUUCAAGAAUCACUGACGAGACAGACGGAGGAGGCGUCCUCUAGACACGAAGCUCUUGCGAGAGAUUUGAGCUCCGGCGUGGAAAGAGAGAAGGAACUUGAACACAAGCUUCGGACGGUGGAGGAGACGUCUGCGAUUCACGAGAAGUCCAGCAACGAGUAUAGCCAGAAAUCUGCGCAGCUCGAGGACAAGCUGCGUGAAAUCCAGGCAGAACUUUCCACUCACGCGGCAAAGGCUUCCGAGCUCGAAGGAGUUGUGGAGAGCUCUCGUCAAAUGCAUGUGACACUUCAAGGGAGCGUCGAAGCUGCCGAGAGCAAAUCUGCGCAUUACGAAGAGCUCGCCAACGUCUCCAACAAGAAGGUUACGGAGCUGGGGGAGGAGAUGUCGAGUUUACAUUCGAAACUGGCAUCUCUAGAGAAGGUUCUGGCGAGCCAGGAAGAAACUCUGAAGGCGGCUGUUGACACCGAGGCGGAGCUACGUCAACAGCUCAAGCUCGCAGAAGAAACUUCAGCAAUGCACGAGGCAACAGCAGGCGAACGAGAAAAGGUGGCCUCGGAAAGAGAGCAGGAGCUCUCGGCUGUGAACUCCAAGCUGACAGCUUUGAAAGAGACCUUGGCUGGCCAAGAGGAGACUCUCAAGUCGGCUUUCCAAGCCGAGGCAGAACUGCGAGGCAAGCUUUCGAGCGCAGAAGAAGCUACGGCAAAGCAUCAGGCUGACGCAGGGGAGAGCCAGAGAGCCGCAGCGGAGAAGAUCACCGCUCUGGAGAGUACCAUCGAGAAGCUGGCGGAGAAGCUGGCUAAUACGGAGGAGGUGCUCGAGGCCACCAAACAAGAGGCUGCGAGAUCCAAAGACGCUGAAAGUAAGAAGGUGCAAGAGCUCGAGAAGGAAGCCGAGGCUAUGGCAUCAAACUUUCAAGCAGAGCUCGUGAAGGUCCAAGGUGUGGCGAGCUCUCUGGAGGAAAAACUGGACGAAGCAGCUCGACUCAUUUCUGAGCAGGAGAAGACGAUCUCGCGAAUGCAGGAGAGCGAGGCCCAGCAGCGAGAUGGCUACGCAUCGGACACCAAGUCGCUCCUCGCCAAGCUAAGCGCGAUGAGCGAAGAGUUUUCCAAGGAAAAGCAUAAUGAGGUAACUCUUGCU